AGAACACAACGACUCGUGUGGAAACGCUACAUGCGUUUUGAAAUGGUCACGGGCCAUUGAAAUCGACCAAAUAAAACUGAGACUGUGAAAGGCGAGAGUGCCGCCGGACUUCAACAACUACAACCUGUCCGAUUGGCAACUCCUUCGGAUCCGCCAUGGCUUCUGCGAUGAGAAUCGUUAUUGGUCUACUUACACUUGUCACUAUCGGAAUGAUUGCCGGAUCUUUGCUUCAAUUGGCAUUUAUUCGGAAUUUGGAAGAUUCGUAUGGCACUACAUUUCCUUCAUUAAGAAGAACACUUGGGAGUAAUCAGUUGCCUACAGCUGUAUCAGGUUGGGGGAAUGAUAAAGAAGCUGCAAUUUUACGCAUUGGAUACGUCAAACCUGAAAUCAUUAGCUGGUCCCCACGAAUCAUUGUGUUCCAUAACUUUUUAAGCUCAGAGGAAUGUGAUUAUCUUAGAGCAUUAGCCAAGCCUCGUCUUCAGGUCUCAACUGUUGUGGAUGCAAAAACUGGAAAGGGAAUCAAGAGUAAUGUGAGGACUAGCUCUGGCAUGUUUUUGAACCAUGAAGAAAGGAAGUAUCCAAUGAUAAAGGCAAUUGAGAAACGGAUUUCUACAUAUUCUCAAGUUCCAGUUGAAAAUGGAGAGCUGAUUCAAGUGUUGAGGUAUGAACCAAAUCAGUUCUACAGACCCCACCAUGACUACUUCUCUGAUACGUUCAACUUAAAGCGUGGUGGUCAAAGGGUGGCAACAAUGUUGAUGUAUUUAACUGAUAAUGUUGAAGGAGGAGAAACUUUAUUUCCAAUGGCUGGCUCAGGUGAAUGCAGCUGUGGUGGAAAAAUGGUGAGGGGACUUUGUGUUAAACCGAAUAAAGGAGAUGCUGUCCUUUUCUGGAGCAUGGGACUUGAUGGGCAAUCGGACCCUGAUAGCAUUCAUGGUGGUUGUGAGGUCCUUGCAGGAGAAAAAUGGUCAGCAACAAAAUGGAUGAGACAGAGACACACUACCUGAAUUUAAAAAGUAAAAGUUAAAAGUACUUACAAGUAUAGCAUCAAAUUUCUAAAUUAUGAAACUUUGUAUUAAAUUUAGUGUUAAAGUUAGACAUUUGAGGGAA